GGUAAUUGCAUUUAGGCAAAUGAGGCAGUCUCGGCCCUCCCCGUCUGCAGGCAUAUAAAGCGGGGAGCGCUGCCGCGGCCGGCCCAUGCGCUCGGAGAGCAGCGCUCGCCCUGCGGCUGCGGACGGACGUCGAGGCGGCGAUGAGGCUCCCGCUGGCUUUCGCCGUGCUCCUCCUGGCCUCGUCGCAGGCGCUGGGCGAGGAGAUGGGAGCCAGCGACGACCUCAGCUACUGGUCCGACUGGUCCGACGGUGACCAGGCGAAGGAGGAGCUGCCGCUGCCCCUGGAGCACUUCCUGCAGAGGAUGGCCCGGAGACCCCGGCCCCAGCAGUUCUUCGGCCUCAUGGGCAAGCGGGAUGCCGGAUAUGGCCAGAUCUCUCACAAAAGGCAUAAAACAGACUCCUUUGUUGGACUUAUGGGCAAAAGAUCUUUAAAUUCUGGGUCCUCUGAAGGGAGCAUAGCACAGAAUUACGAACGGAGGCGUAAAUGAGACGUUCCUGUGUGAUAUUUAUUAAACUUCAUUUGUUCUAAUGGCCAAUGCAGUGUAAUAUAAACUAACCACUGUAUGAAAUAAUUAUUUAUUUAAUAACUGAAGGGGUUUGGUUUUUUUGAGUUGUACAUUCAAUAAAAGCAUUAUUUUUCAUAUUGUGGCAGUGACACGUGUUGUGUAGGUGUGCUGUGGUUCUGAAAGGACCAGCAACCCUGGUGAUGUCUCACAACAAAGCACAUGUUUGAAAUGACCUGUAGAGUCAUGUUUACUAAACAAGCAAGUAUUCUUUUGUUCAUUGAAAGUGAGUCUAUCAGCUUCACAGCUAGUGCAGAAGAGAACUGAUGUUCAGUCUAGUGCCUCAAUUUGUUUUCAUGGUUUAUUAUGCACUGUAAUUUCUGUAUGAAAAAAUAUAUUUGUAUCAUUGCAGCAUGUUUUAUGUUCCUGUGAUUAUGCAUCAAUAUAUUUUAAAAAGGGGAAUGGGUAAUGUUUGAAUGGGAAUCCAAGGUCUUCAUUUCAUAGUUUGAAAUUUUAUGAUAGUAACAUUUUAAAUAAAAACUACUCUGGGGCUUUUGCAACA